AUGCAAUUUCGAAUUUGUGUGCUGAUACUCCUUGCAUCCGUUGGCUUAAUAAACGCGCAAGGAUUUGACGGAUCACUUUCAGAUCAAUCGAAUAACUGCACUGGCGUAUGUGUGCCGCAUUAUCUUUGCAGUAAUGGUCCGACAAUCACCAACGGUACGGGUCUCAUAGAUUUUCGUUUUGGAGGAGAUGAAACGGAAGAGUACGAGUGUGCCAACUAUUUGGACGUUUGUUGCGAAAAGGAUGAGAUGCUGAUUGAACCGCCACCCUCAAUUUCAUCCGUAGCUCCGCCAAGUCCUGCUGAUGAAUCGAUUGAACGCCAUCCAUCUUGCGGUAGACGUAACUUUGAUGGAGUUGAUUUCCGCAUCAUUGGUGACGCAGAUGGUAAAUCGCAGUACGGCGAGUUUCCUUGGAUGGUGGCAAUAUUUCUCGCAAAAUCCGUUUACAAUACAGAGCUAUACGUGUAUCAGUGCGGUGGCUCGUUGAUUGCUCCGGAGGUAGUUCUAACGGCGGCUCACUGUGUUUUUGACACGCAAAAGGAUCAACUGAUGGUUCGCGCCGGCGAUUGGGAUCUAAAAACACGAGAUGAACUGUUUCCUCACCAGAACGAACGUGUGGCUGAAGUCAUCACACACGAAGCCUUUAACAAAGGCUCUCCGUCGAAUGAUGUGGCCUUGUUGAUCUUACAACAACCGUUCAGACUGGCAGAAAACGUGCAGCCGAUCUGUUUGCCACCGAACGGUAGUUCAAUUGAUUUUAAUAAUUGUGUUGUUUCUGGAUGGGGUAAGAAAAUGUUCAACAUGGAGGGCAAGUACCAAAAGAUUCUGAAGCAGGUGGAGCUUCCGGUUAUGGCGCACGGCACAUGUCAAGAUUUGUUACGUGCAACUCGGCUAGGUGAGCGGUUCGUGCUUCACCAGAACUUGUUGUGUGCUGGUGGCGUUACCGGACAGAAUACCAUCGGUGUCGGUGGUUCGCCGCUCGUCUGUCCGAUUCCGGGCUCAUCGACGCACUAUCACCAAAACUGUAGAGGCGAAUGUGUGCAGUAUUAUCUUUGCAGUAACGAUCAGAUCAUCACCGACGGUACGGGAAUAAUCGAUAUUCGUGUUGGAGGAGAUGAAAUGGAGUGUCCCAACUAUUUGCACGUCUGUUGCGAGAAGGACUUGGUGCUGGUUGAGCCGCCUCCUUCCCUUACGUCCGUAGCUCCGCCAAGGUCUGGUGAUGAAUCGACUGGACGCCGUCCAUCUUGCGGUAGACGUAAUUAUGAUGGUGUCGGUGUUCGUAUAAUUGGCGAUGUAGAUGGUGAAUCGCAGUACGGCGAGUUUCCUUGGAUGGCGGCAAUAUUGCUAGAAAAAUCCGCUACCGGUACUAAGCUGAACGUGUAUCAGUGCGGUGGCUCGUUGAUUGCUCCGGAGGUAGUUCUAACGGCGGCUCACUGUGUUUUUGACAUGCAAAAGGAUCAACUGAUGGUUCGCGUCGGCGAAUGGGAUACACAGACACGAGAUGAACUGCUUCCUCACCAGGACGAACGUGUGGCUGAAGUCAUCACACACGAAGCCUUUAACAAAGGUUCCCUGGCGAAUGAUGUGGCUCUUGUGAUGUUGCAACAACCGUUCAAACUGGCGGAAAACGUGCAGCCGAUCUGUUUGCCUCCCAGGGAUACCUCGUUUGAUUACAGCAAUUGUGUCGUUUCUGGCUGGGGUAAAUCUGUCUUCGGCAAGGAGGGCAAGUACCAGGUGAUUUUGAAAAAGGUGGAACUUCCGGUUAUGCCGUACCAUCAAUGUCAAAAUGCAUUGCGCAAUACUCGGCUAGGCAAGCGGUUCGUACUUCACCAGAGUUUCCUGUGUGCUGGAGGCAUUGCCGGACAGGAUACGUGUCGCGGUGACGGUGGUUCUCCGCUUGUCUGUCCAAUUCCUGGCUCGUCGAAGUACUACUACCAGGCCGGUAUUGUUGCGUGGGGUAUUGGAUGUGGUGAAAAUGGUAUCCCCGGUGUGUACGGCAAUGUGGCCUUCUUCCGCGACUGGAUCGAUAAGAAGCUGUUACAAAGUAGCAUUCUUUCCAGGGCCUAUGUGUAUACGCCACCACGUGCCACAAUGAAUCUGUCAGCUGUAUUUACCGCGUCUUGUUUGCUGGUGCUGGUAGCACAACUACCGACCAUCCAGGGCCAGUCUUGCCAAGGUAAAUGUGUCCCGCUCGGUAGAUGUAAUCGUCCGACAACAAUAACACAGGAGGACAACGCACCGCCGGAAGUGGAUUUGCGUGUUGGGCAGGAAAAUUCGAAUAUUAUUGGCGAAUGUCCCCACUAUCUGGAUGUAUGCUGUCCACCGGGGCAAGAAAUAAUCACUGGAACCGACCUGUCUGGAGGGAAUAAUCCCGUACGGCAAGACUCGGUGGAGGAAGAUGACGAUUUUCAGCCUUGUGGACACCGAAACUCAAACGGUGUUGGAUUUCGUAUUGGAGCAGGAAAGAUGCAAGAAUCAGAGUUCGGUGAAUUCCCUUGGACGCUGUUGGUUCUUGAGCUGCAAUCGCUGUACGACUUCGAGGAGAAGGAGGUGUAUGCAUGCGUGGCGUCGCUAGUUGCACCUAAUGUUGCUCUGACGGUGGCACAUUGUGUAUCAAAAAACAAUCCUUCCAGCUACAUCGUACGAGCCGGUGAAUGGGACAUCCGGACCGAGAACGAAGUACUUCCCAAUCAGGACUCGAGGGUGAAACAAAUAUUGAUACACGAUCGCUACAACAAUCACCACCAUUUCGAUGUGGCUCUUCUUGUGCUAGAGAAACCAUUCCGGCCAGCGGACAAUGUACAGAUAAUCUGUUUACCACCGCCCGGUUUGCGGCCCCCGGUUGGUACGGAGUGUAUUACCGGCGGUUGGGGCAAGGAUCGGUUCGGUGACGACGGUACGUACCAGGAGAUACUGAAGCGCGUCAUACUGCCAAUCGUUGAUUCGGCUCAGUGUGAGAGGGCCUUCCAGAAAACACGGCUCGGAUUAAACUUUAAGCUGCACAGCUCGUUCCUUUGUGCCGGUGGUAAGAAAGGUGCGGACGUAUGCUCCGGUGAUGGUGGUGCUGCCCUGGUGUGCCCUGUGCCGGGUUCGCCAACCAACUAUUAUCAAGCGGGCGCAGUUGCGUGGGGUAUCGGGUGCGGCGAUGAGAACAUUCCUGGUGCUUACGCAGAUAUUGAAGUUGCACGAUCCUGGAUCGUGAGUAAAUUGAACGCAUUAAAGGUUGAUCCUACGUACUACACUGCUUUGUCAAGCAAUAUGACACCUUUAUGCAAAGCACUGGUCGUUCUUGCGAUCGCCAGCCUCGCACAAGCACAGCAGCCGAUCGAUAAGAUCUUCUUUCCCGAGAAUGAUACCAUCCUAAACUUUGCAAACCGUGUUGGUGAAGGCGACAACAGUGGCUUCCAGGCAGGCCAACCAGAUCCACUGGACGCCAUCACACCAACUGUCCGGCCACAAACGCUGCUGACGGCACAGGGUGAACGUUGCACCUGCGUACCGUAUUUCACCUGUCAACCGCAGCCCGAAUUCGCCGAACAGAACAAGUUCAACGAGAUUAAUGUGAACUACAACCCAGAAAGCUGUCAGGAUGUGCUUGAUGUUUGCUGCCGGGAUGUGGAUUCGUUGGUGGUGCCUAUGAACAAUACGCCCGGUGAGCCUCCGGUUGGACGGCCACGUGGCUGCGGACUCCGCAAUAUUGGUGGAAUCGAUUUCACGUUAACUGGAAACUUUAACAAUGAAGCCGGCUUCGGUGAAUUCCCGUGGACAGUGGCGAUCGUUAAAACUCAGGAUGGAAGCAGUAGCUGUGGCGGUUCCCUCAUUCAUCCGAAUCUCGUCCUAACCGGUGCACACUGUGUUCAAGCUUUCCGGCAGGGUCAGCUUAAAGUCCGAGCCGGGGAAUGGGACACCCAAACCACCAAGGAACGAUUGCCAUACCAAGAGCGACUGGUAACGCGUGUUAACAGCCAUCCCGACUUUAACCCUCGCAGUCUUGCAAACGAUAUUGCUGUUCUCGAGCUCGAACAACCCAUCCAGCUGGCGGAACACAUCAACGUGGUCUGUCUGCCGCCGGUUAAUUUCGAUACACGUCGUACGGAUUGCUUCGCCAGCGGUUGGGGCAAAGAACAGUUCGGUAAGGCGGGCCGUUACAGUGUGAUCAUGAAGAAGGUCCCACUACCGUUGGUGCCUUCGUCCACCUGCGAACGACAACUUCAGGCUACGCGACUCACCUCCCGCUUCCGGCUGCAUCAGACAUUCAUCUGUGCCGGUGGCGAGCGUGGUGUGGACACGUGCGAAGGUGAUGGCGGAGCGCCACUGGUGUGCCCGAUCGGGGCGGCCACCGAAAACCGGUACGCACAGGUCGGCAGUGUUGCUUGGGGCAUCGGUUGCCAUGAUGCCAUACCGGGAGUGUACACGAACAUUAUACUCUUCCGGUCCUGGAUCGAUAACGUGGUGCGAACGCUCGGUUUCGACACGACCGUAUACGACGCAACGCAAUCGGUGUUUUCGAGCCUGUUUACCUAAAGUGAUCAACUUCUUUUCUGUAA